GAUGUUCAUUGCGAGAAGAAAUGUAGUUCCAUGCAAAACUACAUUUUUGAAAUAUGCAAAUUUUAUGAGUUGUGUAAAUGCUCAACAAGCGUAAUAAAUAUAGUUUGGGCGUUAUUUUGGCCAUGACGUUAUGGUUACAUUGGUUGUCUUCUGUGUUUGGUGUCAAAUUGGCGCGAACGUGCGAAUCCAUUUAUUCGAAUUUUCCUAGCCUUCUGAAACGUUCGAAUCAGCAUUCAGUUGUGUUUGCGAAGCAGUUACUACAGCGUUGUUCUUAAGCUGCAAAGGACGAAGACCGCUGCUUUUCCUCCUUCCUGAAAAUGGAGGAUACUUUCACUACUCCACCGCGGAGACAAGCGAAAAGCACGCGGGCUAGUUUUGUGGAUUCGGCGUUGCAGGCGCCCAAUGACGACUGUGCCGAAAGGCACAGUAGACAGCAGGAACUUCUGCAAGAACUUCAUUCGCUACAUAUUGAAUCUCCUGGAACACCGGGCAGAAAGCGCAGGUCUGUUGGAUUGGUGCCCCCGACAUUUACCGAUGUCCAGCUUGCUGAACAUUACGCCAGUUGUAUCCGUCUGGCGAACGAAAACAAAAUUACGUCCAAAAAUGCAUUCCAGUUGCAUUUAAUUGACCACAUACGAAAGGUCUUGCAAGCCGAAGAUGGAACUACAAAUUUUCAGAGCGCCAGCUGUACUCUCGAUGCAAGUGCCAAGAUCUAUGCUCACCGUGUGGAUCAUGUGCAUUCUGAAGCUUUGCACAUUGCUGGAGAACUUGGAAUUUCAUCGAGAAUUAGGAAGCGUGAACUGAAAGCACAAGCCAAAAAUGAGGAUCCUGACCAACCAGCAGUGGCUACAAAAGGCCGUGCAAAGCGAACUAAGGGCCGUGGUUCUUCUACACUGGUGCGGAAUGAGAAAACAAUCACAAUUGAAAAAGUGGAAACUGUGAGACCUAUUGACCCCCUCCAGGAGCUUAUCCGAGUUAACAGCACAUGUGGAACAUCAGAUUGCUUUGUCAUGAAUCACAUUUAUUCAUUCAGCGACAGAGGGGAGCUUAUGUUCCUAGAUGCAUCAAGAAAACUUGAAAGCAUCAAAGAUACUCGCAGCAAGGCACCAAUAGAUUACCUGCAAAGAUGUCUGAACAACAGAAAUGGGGUUUGUGAAGACCCUGGUCUCGUCUGCAUGUGGAAUGAAAGCGUUGAAGCAGAACGGCAUGAUGACCCAGGAUUAUCGGACAUGUCCAGCCUUCAUAUUCCGAACUCCAGUGUUGCAGCCACGGAGGAACGAGGGCCAAGUCUGCCCUAUGUAGGUGACUGCAAUGACCUGGAUGACGGGAGUGCUGAUCUUUUUGAAGAUGCCUGUCGCAGCCCAGAGCGGCCUGACGACUUGAUCAAGGGUGGAAUGUCGGAGCUUGUCAAGUAUCUUGCACCAGUACCUCAAGAUUACUCAUAUUUCACAGACAAGUUGCCCUUUGUGCCACAUGGACCAGAACAUUGGCGUCUGCGCAUAGGGAAAGCAAAGGCAGCAGGACCAGUAAGAACACGAAAGAAGGUUGAAAAGGUUGUCCCCUUAUUAGAUUUUGCGGAGCUGCAGCCUGACUUCACUCAGUUUGCAAGAUUGAAGAAGGACCCUGUUCUGGAAAACGCAACGAUAAAUUCUUGGAGUAAAUCCAAAAAUUUGAUGGCUCACAAAAAGAACGGGGAAGACAUUAGUCUAGGUACCCUGGUUUUACUUGAAGACCACAAGAUUCCCAAGUUAGUUAUAAGUUCCACUGGACAUGCUGCUGGUGAAGAUGCUCAUUCCAGCCCUGACAGUGGUCUUCCACCUGAUAUGAAUGAUGAUUCCAACAUGUCUCUGGACCAUGCUGUUGACGUCGGCCCACCUAAUCCAGUGGAACUUUUGCCGCCACCACCACCACGACCUGAACUCAAACCUUUGGUUUCUUUCCAUCCAAAGCCACCAAAGUUCCAAUUUUCAUUCAAGAGGUUUGACAUGAAAGAUAUGAAACAAGCAAUGUGGCGCACAUUGACUGGCAAUAGGGACAACAAGGAGAAUAUCCCAAGCUCUGCGAAUGUGCUUGACAAAGCAGCCAUUACUAAGCACACUUUUCGGAGCUUGUAUGAACAUGUGCAACCCCAACUGAACCAUAUCAACCGGGAAAGCCUUAAUGUUCCAGUGGCUUUUGUGGCACUGCUUCACUUGGCAGCAGAAAAGGAGUUUUUUGUGGUAUCGGUCCCGGACAUGACAGACUUGGAAAUCAAGUUGCAAACAUAAAAGCUGCAGAGCAGCUUUCAUUGAACCACCUUAUGCAAUGAACAAUCUGUUUGGUACACAAGGAAAUAACCAUUCAUGGGCUUUUUUUUAUUGGACGACCUUGCAUGCUAAUUCUACAAUUUGUGUGCAAGGGAAUAAGCAUAUUCAAACAUUGUUUAAUGGUAUAACCUUGCAUACUGAAUUUUUAUCCUACACGCAAUGCAACAAGCAAUUGCAUAGACAUUGUUUUUAUUCUUAAUAAAGUGGAUGCUUUUUCACCA